CACGCACCCUUCCUGCUGCUCGGAGCAGCGUAAGGCAGUAGCAGAGCUGCCAUGGAAGCCAACACUUCCCUCUGGCACAGCUACCUCGGGGUGAUUGUGUCCCGCGAGAGGCAGAGGAUGGAGCAUUUCCAGCGGGCCGAGGACAUCCUGCUCACCCUGCUGGAGAGCGUCCAUGCCAGGGAUCCCCGCUUCCUCGUGGACUACGCCAGGAACCUGGAAGCCUUCGAGUUCGCUCUCUGUGCCUCUGAGGACGCUGUCACUCUCGAGGUGCCCCUGCGCAUUGACGGCGACACCCUGCGAGUGCUGGCACGCCGGAGCGGGGACAGCCCGGAGCAGGGCGGGCAUCCUUCAGAGCUGAGCACCUGCUGCCUGGAAGUGCUCUCUCCAGGGCCUGAUUUGGAGGACUGGACUGGUGGUGUGGAUGGGAUGGAGCACGGAGGUGGUGCGGGCUGCCUGCUUCCAGGCAAAAUCCUGCAGCACCUGAAAGAGCUCCUUGUUUCAGCCAUCGUGCGCUGCCAGCGCCUCUUCCUGCUUCAGCCAGGUGACAUCAGUGCUGAAAACCUGCGGGAAGAUGCCAUGCAGCUCUCCCUGCUGAUCCGCGGCAGCUGGAAGUCCAUUCGCUUUGACAUUGUUCCUGUGGUGAGGAGGCAGCAGGAGCCGCUGCAGCUCCGGAGGCGCCAGGGCGACAGGGGCUUCCCCGAAGGCAGCCUCAGGAGGGCCACGGAGGAGGCUCACUUUGUCCCUGCCUCUCCCCUCUGCUGGAGAUCCUCCACUCACCUUCCCCUCCUGAAGCUGCUCCGAGGAGUGGACAGCCUGCAGGGGCCCCGUCUGGACAGCCUCCGCCUGCUCGACCAGCUCCGUGAGCAGGACUGGGGAGGCCAGGCUGGGGCAGGCACUCUCACCUUCCAACACCUCAAGAUGGUGUUGCUGUGGAGCACAGAGCUCUUCCCCUCCCCGGAGGACUGGCAGGACCUGGAAGGCUCUGUCUACAGGCUCUUGGUGAUCCUUCUCCGCUGCCUGGCCACCCAGCACCUGCCCCACUUCCUGAACCCAGAAGAAAACCUCUUCCAAGGAGCUGCCCCAGACCUUGCCUCCCUCUACCAUAAAGUGGAGAGCUUUGCCUGGGACCCCCAGCGCUUCCUCCGCUUCCAUUUUGGCCUCCACGGGUUCAGUGGCAGCUGCCAGGCAGACACAGAGACCAGAGCCCUCCUGCAGCUCCCCACCAAGGAUGGCUCCUGCUGGGACACAGCCUACUUUGACAUCCUGCUCAGCCAGUUUCAGGUGUACCGGAUCCAGGACAGUGCACGCCGCUCUGCAGCGUCCCAGCUCCUCUCCAGGAUCCGCCAGGAAAUCCCUCAGCAGAGCUGAGUGGGACCCUGCUGCUGCCCCAUUGGGGGGUCUCAGAACUCUGGGGGGGGGGGGGUUCAAGGAGAGCUACAGGGCCAGGGAGCAGCGUGCUGCUGGGUCCUUUUAUUGAGGAAAGGUGGUACAGGGGAGAGAGCACAUCUGCUGCAGCUGGGGGGGGGGCAUACACAGCCCCUGGUGGAGCUGGGGUGGGCACACACAGCCCCUGGUGGAACUGGGGGGGCACACACAGCCCCUGGUGGAGCUGGGGGGGGGCACACACAGCCCCUGGUGGAGCUGGGGUGGGCACACACAGCCCCUGGUGGAGCUGGGGUGGGGGCAUACACAGCCCCUGGUGGAGCUGGGGGGGCAAACACAGCCCCUGGUGGAGCUGGGGUGGGCACACACAGCCCCUGGUGGAGCUGGGGUGGGCACACACAGCCCCUGGUGGAGCUGGGGGGGGGCACACACAGCCCCUGGUGGAGCUGGGGUGGGCACACACAGCCCCUGGUGGAGCUGGGGUGGGCACACACAGCCCCUGGUGGAGCUGGGGUGGGCACACACAGCCCCUGGUGGAGCUGGGGGGGCAAACACAGCCCCUGGUGGAGCUGGGGGGAGGGCAUACACAGCCCCUGGUUGAGCUGGGGUGAGCAUACACAGCCCCUUGUGGAGCUGGGGUGGGCACACACAGCCUCUGGUGGAGCUGGGCACUGGGUGCUGCAUGGCACAGAACCUGGAGGGGGAUGGCUGGCAUUCUGCACUGCAGGCUGGGGAAGGCUGGGGUUGUUGGUGAUGGGAGGGGUAGGGACCUGUGGUCAGACCCUGCAUCCAGCCCUCUGUCAGCUUGCUGAGGGUCACCAUGCCCUGGGAGCAGGGGAAGGGAAAGAACUGAGGGGCCAGGCCAUUGGAGGGUGAUGGGAGGAAUGGUUUUGAGCCACGUCUCACAUCUGCUGAGCGCAGCCCUCUCCUCCAUGCCCCCUGCUAUCCCAGCUCCUUUCCAAGUGCUUUGGCUUGCUGGCUGCUGCCGUGGCUCCUGCCAGCAUCCCAGGGAGGCGGUGGAGUCCCUCUGCUGCCAGGCAUGCCAGGCAGUGCCAGGCCACCUCCCCCGGCAGGGUGCUCACAGCCGGCUGCGGCCGCAGCGCUGGAGGGCGUCUCGCAGGGCUCCGAGCACUCGCUCCACGUUGUCCCUGGUUGAGUUGCAGCCCAUGAGGCCGAUGCGCAGGACCUGGAGGAGAGGGGUGAGUGCCUGUGCCUCAGCAGGAAGGAGUGUGGGACGCACAGCCAGGUGGGAUGUGGUUGUGCGCAGUCCCUCGCUGGUAUUUAACACACCGUUGGCUAUAAAGAGGUGUCACCGCGCUAA